AUGAUGAGUGACGAUGGAAAACCAACAAAUGAUGAAAAAACAGCAUCAAGUAACAAGCUUGAAUCAAUGUCACAAGAUGAAUUAAUGAAAUUAGUUAAAAAUCAAAUUAUAUUAAAGAAAAAGCUUGAAUCUAAAUUAAGUGAUUUACAAACUUCUAAUUUAAGCUUAUGUCAAACGGAGGAGCAACUUCGUAAUGAACUCGAAGAUGAACAAAUAAAGUCGAAAAAUUUAAGCGUUAAUCUCGACCAGUAUAAAAUCAAUGAAUCGAAACUUCAACAAGAACUUAAUACAUUACGCGAAUCAUCUGAAUGUCUUCAGUUGCAAAAUGAAUCAUUGAAAUCAUCAUGUAAAAAUCUACAAGAUGAAACAUCGCAUCUCCAAACUGAACUCUCAAAUCUUCGUUCAUCAUCUACUAAUGCUGUGCAAGAUUUCAUCAAUAAAUUAAAUGAAACUCAAAAUACUAUUGAAAAUCUUCAAAAUGAAAAGCAAUCAAUUGAACAAGAAAAACAUCAACAAAAAGAUUCUAUUCAAAGUCUAGAACUGGAAAUCAAUGAUUUAAGAUUAAAAGUCAGUUCAUUUGAUCAAGAGAAACAAUUAAUAGAAGAGGAAUGCAAUGAUUUAAGAUCCAAAUCAAGUGUAUUUGAUAGAGAGAGGCAGUUAAUGGAGGAAGAACUCACUAACUUAAGAUCGAAAUUGAGCACAUUAGAUAAUGAUAAAAUGUUAAUGGAAGAACUCAAUGAACUAAGAUUAAAAUCUAGUUCAUUCGAUAAAGAUAAACAGUUAAUGGAGGAAGAGCUCGAUGAUUUAAGAUCUAAAUUGGACACAUUUAAUAAAGAUAAACAGUCAAUGGAAGAGGAACUCAAUGACUUAAGAUCCAAAUCAAGUACAUUUGAUAAGGAAAAACAAUUAAUGGAAGAAGAACUAAACAACUUAAGGUCAAAAUCGAGUACAUUUGAUAAAGAUAAGCAACUAUUGGAAGAAGAACUGAAUGAUCUUAGAUUAAAAGCCUAUUCAUUUGAUAAGGAUAAACAAUUAAUAGAACAGGAACUCAAUGAAUUAAGAUCAAAAUUAAACACACUUGAUAAAGAUAUACAAUUAAAGGAAGAAGAACUCAAUGAUUUACGAUUAAAAUCCAGUUCAUUCAAUAAAGAUAAACAACUAAUGGAAGAAGAACUCAAUAAGUUAAGAUCUGAAAGCAGUUCAUAUGAUAAAGAUAAACAGUUAAUGGAAGAAGAAAUCAAUAAUCUAAGACUAAAAUCUAGUUCAUGUGAUACAGAUAAGGAAUCAAUGGAACAGGAACUCAAUAACUUAAGAUCAAAAUUAAGUACACUUGAUAAAGAUAAAUAUCUAAUGGAAGAAGAACUCAAUAAGUUAAGAUCGGAAUCCAGUUCAUAUGAUAAGGAUAAACAAUUAUUAGAAGAAGGUUAUGACAAAGAUAAACAGUUAAUGGAAGAAGAACUCAAUAAUUUAAGAUCUAAAUUGAACACAUUUAAUAAAGAUAAACAGUUGAUGGAAGAAGAAAUUAAUGAUCUAAGAUUUAAAUCUAGUUCAUGUGAUACAGAUAAAGAAUCAAUGGAACAGGAACUCAAUAACUUAAGAUCAAAAUUAAGUACAUGUGAUAAAGAUAAACAAUUAUUAGAAGAAGAAUUCAACAACUUAAGAUCAAAAUCAAGUACAUUUGAUAAAGACAAGCAGUUAAUGGAAGAAGAACUCAAUGAUUUAAGAUCAAAAUUAAGUACAUUUGACAAAGAUAAACAGCUCAUGGAGGAAGAACUCAAUGAUUUAAGAUCAAAACAGAGUGCAUUCGAUACGGAUAAAAAAUUAAUGGAAGAAAAAAUGAAUAAUUAUUGUAAACAAAUAGAAAAUUUUGAAACAGAAAACAUUGAAUUAAAGAAAAUUCAACAACAAUUAUCAGAAAUUCCAAUGCAUCAAUCAAAUGAAAAUUUCGAUGAAAUUGUUUCGCAACGUAUCGAUUCUUUUCUUAAUUUUACUGAUAACAAAGCACAACAUAUAUCAAAAGUAUUAUCAGACAUUCCAACAUUACUUCAUUCAAUUGGAAUAACAAAUUAUAGUGAUGAAGACUUUUCAAAUCAAUUAAAUCUUGAAAAUCUUCUUCGUUUAUGUUCAUUAUUACUUGAAAGAUGUCAAAUUUUACAAAAUAAUAAUAUAUUAAAUAAUUCAUCAAUAAAUAAGGAACUUCUUUCAAUUACUCAAACUGAUGACUAUGAACAAUGUCGAUUAUUAAUUCAUCGACAAGAUCAUCCUGGAUUAGAUACACUUUUUGAACAUCUUCAUUCAUGGAUAAAUCAAUCAAAUGAUUCAGAUGAUUGGGAACUUUGUCUGGCGAAACCCAUUAAUCAGAGCACUAAUCAAUACAUUCGAUUAAAAGUAAACGAUUGUAAAUUUGUUCCCGAACAAAUUGAGCAUGAACUUGUGCAAGUACGUUUCCAACUUGAUCAAUUAUCAAUAGAUAAUGAAGAACAACGGCGUGAAAUUGCUACUCUCGAAGAAAAUCUUCGUUCUUUUGAACAAUUAAAAGAACAAUAUACAGAAAAAUGUGAAAAAACAAAUGAAUUACAAAAUAUUAUUAAUCAAAAAACUAUCGAUAAAACGAAGUUUGAUCAACUUGAAUCAUCAUAUGAAGAAUUUCAACAAAAAUGUAUUCAUCUUGAACAAAUCAAAUCUAAAUAUGAUUUAUUAAAAGAAAAUUUUAAUAGAACAAAUCUUCAAUUACAAGAUCAGCAAGAAAAAUAUCAAAUUGAAAUAAAACAACAACAACAAAAAUUUGAUAAUACAAAUCAAAUUCAAGAUGAACGUUAUUCAUCAUCAUUAAAACAAACACAACAAUUAAGUGAUUUACUUGAAACAGAAAGAAAUGAAAAUAAGAAAUUAAAAAAUAUCAAUAAACAAUUAGAAAAUGAUUUAAAAGAAAAUAAUGAAUUAUUUUUUGAAAAAACUAAACAAGCUGAUGAUUUGGAUAAACAAUUACAAACAAUAAAUAAUGAAUAUCAAGGUUUAAAAAUAAAAUUUGAUCAAAUAAAAGAUGAAAAAACUAAAUUUAUAAAUGAUACUAGUUCAUUUAUGGAAAAAAUACAAAAUUUUGAAAUAGAAAAAUCUGAACUUUUACAAACUAUUAAUAAUUUAAAACAAGAUUUAGAAAGCGAUAAAUUAAAUUCUAAUCAAAUAAUGAAAAAGAUUAAAGAAGAAAGUUAUCAAGAAAAAGUUCAAAUGGAAAAUGAAUUACAACAAACUAUUGAAAGUCUUAAACAACAAUUAGAAACCACUAAAAAUGAUAUUAAAAAUCAUCAAUUAGAAUCUAUUGAAAGAAAAAAAUUAAUUCUUGAAAAUGAACAAAUUCAAACGAAUAAUCUUCGAUCUGAAUUAGAAAAAUCUCAAAAAGAAAAUGAACAAUUGAAUCAAACUACAAGUGAAUUAAAUCAGAAACUCGAAAAUCAAAUAGUUCAAUCUAAUGCAACUAUUCAAGAUCUACAAGAAAAACAACAAAAAAUGAAAAUUUUAUUAUCACGUCUUAAAAAAGAAUUACAAGAAAAAACUCAACAACCUAAACAAAGUUUAAUCGAUCUUGAAUUAGCUGAUUAUGAAAAAACAAUUAAAACACUAAAAGAUAAUUUAACACAUAAAGAUAAAGAAAUUCAAGAUUUACGUGAUGAUUUAACAAAUGUUAAUGAAAAAAAUCUUUCUCUUAAACAAGAAAUUGAAAAUUUAGAACAAUUAAAAUUACAAACUCAAGAACGUGCUGAUAAAAUUAAAAUAUUAUUAGAUACAACUAAAAAAGAAUUACAAGAUGCAAAAGAUCUUGAAAAACAAAGAUAUCAAAAUGAUGACAAUCUACGAACAUUAUUUGAUAAAUUACAAAUUGAAUUAGAUACUAAUAAAGUAACUAUUAGUCAAUUACUUUCUGAAAAACAACAAUUAGCUGAACGAUUAAAUAAUCAAAGUGACACAAAUCAAAGAACAAUUAAUUUACUUGAACAAAAUCUACAUAUUGCAAAACAUGAGUUGGAUAUAGCUAAACAGGAUUAUGAAACGCUUCAAGAUGAUUUUAAUAAUUAUAAAAUUCGAGCACAAAGUGUCCUGAAACAACAACAAUCUACUCAACGUGAACGUAUGCCAUCAAUAGCUGAUAAACAAACUGAAUUAGAAGAAAUAAUUGAAAAAUUAAAAAUAAAUCUUCAAGAAGCAAAUAAUAAAAUUCAAUUGUUAAAAUCCGAAAAUGAAAUAUUACAGAAAGAACAAGAUCGUUUGAAUGAAGUACAAACUAAAAUAGUUAAUGAAUCAAGAAAACGUGAACAAGAUCUUCGAAAACAACAUCAAAUGGAACUCGAGAAGAUGGAAAAUGAAUGUUUAAAACGAAUGAAUGAUAGUCAUGAUAUGAUGAAAAAUGUUAAACUUGAAAAUGAUACACUUUCAACAACAUUUAAAGAACAAAUAACUGCAAUAAAAAUUGAUCAUGAACGUUCAAUAUCAAUUUUACAAAAUCAAUUACAAGCAUCAAAACAAGAAAUUGAACAAUUAAAAAAUCGUAUGGAAUUAUUACGACAAACAAAUGUUGAUAAUGAAAAAGAAUCUUCUCAAGUUGUAUUUAAUAAUGAUAUUAAUAAAGAGGAUAUUCCAUGGACUUAUUCAGAACGUCAACAAGGAGAAGGAUCCGAAUCAGCCAGUGUUGAUUUUCAGCCGGCCGAUGUUGCUGUUAAAACUUUAGAAAAUGUUUUAUUCGGUAACACUAACACUAUUCAAUCAUCAUCUUCAAACGUGGAAAAACCUCGUCAUAUACUUUUCGAAGAUGUUGAAUUAGAACGUCAACGUAUUGAAGAAGAACUUAAUAAAACAAAAUAUCGUUUACUUAAUACAACUGAACUUCUUAAUGAAUCAGAAUUAAAUAAUGUACGUUUAAGUGAACAAGUAUCAUUACUUAAAGAUGAAAUACGACGUAUUGAACGUAAUAUGGAUCGUGCUGAAUCAAUAUCAAAUUUAGAAUAUUUAAAAAAUAUAAUUUUAAAAUUUUUUAUAUUAAAAUCUACACAUGAACGUUUACAAAUAAUACCUGUUCUUGUUACAAUGCUGAAAUUAAGUCCUGAUGAGCAAGCUAAACUUAUUCGUGUUGCACAACAAGCAACAUCUAUUGUGGAUGUGUCAUCAAAUAGUGAACCUAAUACACAACAAGUCACAAAUAAUGCUAAUUCAAAUUCUUCUGCUUGGACUUCUUAUUUAAAUAUGUGGUGA